UAUUAAUAUAUUACAUUACGCAAUUCACCUUGCAAUCCUACCCACUCGACCACUCUCUUAUUUAACACCCACCAUCUCAUCAUCAUCAUCGUCUCUCAAAGACUUCCCUAUUAGAGAGAGAUUCACUUUCAUUUUAUCUCUCUGGUCAUGUAAUAAUUUAACAAUGGGAGUUAUAAAAAUCAUAAUUUUGGUCGCCCUUGUGACCACUUGCUCCACGCAAGAAAUCAACGAAGACGAUGCAAUUUCGCAACAGCAAUUCGCUCCCACCCUCACGGCCACAUGUCAACUUGUUUCUAAUCGGAUGGUGGUCACACUCACCACCGGAUUCCCAUUUUAUGGCGUCCUGGUCUCUUCUAACCAAAGAAACAACUCGCAUUGUUACACCGAAGGGACAGGCCUCACCCAAACCACGCUCUCGUUAAAUAUGCUCGCGUCAAUUAAUGAUCAAGAUUACUGUGGCGUUUCCAUCAAUCAUAAAACCUCUGAGAAAACUGCUCAACUUUCCGUCCGUCAAAAUCGUGUGUUGGAACUCGCAGAUGACAAGAAUUAUCUCGUGUCCUGUUCCAAAUUUGACUCUCGUCCACCUUCCACCCCGAAACCAACGCACCUUGCACUUUAUGACUCUGAAAAUAGGGAAGCACUCGAAGUCGUGAAAACGCACGGAUACAAGCUCAAAAUCAAGACAUCAAAAGAGUUCAAAAAUUUUAGAGUUCGUAAUUGCUUCGCUUUCUCUCCAGGAUCUGCAACCGUUCAAGUUCCGCUCAUCGAUGGCAAUGGCUGCCCCGAAUCGAAAAUAAUAUCCCGAUGGACAUUUGCUGAUCAUUCUGCAGAAGCAAAUAUUUAUUCCAUGUUUAGAUUUCAAGAUUCUCGAGCAUUAACUUUCCAAUGUCACGUUUUAUUCUGUUCUGAAUCCACUUGUCCUAACCCACUCUGCUCAGACCUUCCAGCCUAUCAUUUCUCAACCCCUCUGUCCCCAGCCCCAUUAAUAAACUCGAAUGAAACUGACGCUUUGGCCUCAACAACUGUAACCGUCCUUGAGCCUGGUGAAAAAUUAGCCCCACUCACUUUAUACACCACGGAUUCGGACUCAACUUGCACGGGUCGUUUUUGUCCCCCUUGGAUUUUGUGGCUUGCAAUCGCCCUGGGUGUACUGUUUCUCUUAAUGUUGCUAGUUAACCUUUUCCUUUGCACUGCUUUAACCUGCACAUGCACGCGGACGGAGCUGGUUGAAAAGGACCCAUCAAUCAUCGAAGAUUACGAUCCGUACAAUCGGAGUGGGUAUUUCGGAAGCGAUAGUCAUUACAAUUCCAGAUACUCAAUCAACCAACCGAUCGCGAGCAAUAAAGCGUACAGUGACAUGAGCGACCACUAUGCAACUCCUGGAGGUAACCAUAGAAACCAGGAACAAAUCUCAAGACCUAACUCAAGGUUUAGCAAAUAACUUUUUAUUACUAAUAACUUAAAAUCCUCUCAGAAGCUAAGAAAAAAUGUGCCAAUUAACUUUCACCUUAAAAAUUAAUUAAUAAAAUAAAAACAGAAAUAUUGUCAUAAA